GAGCCUCCCCUAUUUCUAUCUCAUCGCUUGCCUUCGUUGCCUACAGACUUCUCACUUCUCAGCUCAGCUCAGCUCAGCUCAGCUCUUCUUCUUCUUCUUCUUCGCAGCCCAUUUCACGCCAUGGGAGACUCCUCGUCAGCUUCCUACAUAAGAAUGGUCCACCAUCUGAUAGAGAAGUGCAUUUGCUUCAACCUGAACAAGGAGGAGUGCAUAGAGGCCCUGGAGAAGCAUGCCAGCAUCAACCCUGUCGUCACUUCCACUGUGUGGAAAGAGCUGGAGAAGGAGAACAGGGAGUUCUUCGAGACGUACCAGAAAGACCGCGCGGAGCGGAAGAUCGAGGCGGAGACGAUGCAGCGGGUCCAGAAGAUGCUCUCGGAUGCGGCUGCCUCGAGGACCUCCGACGACGACGACGACGGCUAGAGCUAGCUAGCUGGCUAUAUAGCUGCUAGUUAUCUCGAGCUCAUGCAUAUCUCUAAUUGUAUCAUGUGUCUUAUGUUAAUUGGCUUUAUAUGUGUUUAGGGCAUCGAAUUAUCGUAUCUACCUAAUAACAGAUAAGUAUGAUUGGUGGCUUAAUUGCACUAGCUAGCAGCAUACCUUAAAACCAUGCAUCUCGUACUGUAUAGCUAAGCUAGAAGUGGGGAAGCUGGCUAGCAAGCCUUUCGGUGUAUAUAUAUGUAUGUACGUUCGUUAAGUUUGUGUGUGUAUAACUGUAUAUACACAUCUCGAUGUGCAUAUGGAAUAUUCAAGUGGACCUACAAACGGUCUACAGGUUCUCUAA